AUGUCCGAAGAACCCCGUAAGUCGUCGUCACCUUCAAUUUAUAUCAUAGAUAUGAAGAACUCCCGUGGCGGCGAUGGCCAUGGGAUCGAGUGGUUUCCAUAUAUCGCCUUCGCAAUGACCUUCGUCCUGAUUCUGGCGCUCGUUUUAGCACUGACGCUACGGCAUACCUCCGCAGCAGCAGCAGCCGUUCCUCAUCGUCACGACAACAACAAACAUGGCCAUCUGAAAGCACUGGUAUAUCGAGGUCCAGCAUCGUGUGACGGUUGUCCAGAAGCCGUCGCGAACCUCCUCACUUCCUCGCCGGAAAACAUUCGAGUCGCAUAUGUUGGCCCCAAAGAAAAGACGAAACUGACACGCGAUGCUUUGUCCAAAGUCGACAUCUACGCACAACCAGGUGGCGGAGGUAUCAAUAUAUUCAAACCCCCCUGCCAAUCAGAUCCGAGUUACUGAUUCUAUUCCAUCAGAUCUCGACGAAGCCUGGCCGCACCUGCACUCUUCCAAAUCCACAAUUCGAAAAUUCGUCCAGAACGGCGGAAGAUACAUCGGCUUCUGUCUCGGGGCCUACCUAGCAGGCCACGGUCCGGGAUUUGAUCUUCUCCACCCCAAGGACGACACGGAUCAAGAAGUCAAACAGCCCGAUUCCCAAGUCAAAGACGAAGAAAAAGACACCAUAAUCCAAGUCGACUGGGACUUCUCGAACGGGACCAAGGCGAAGGGAAGGUGGAUGUAUUUCCAAGACGGUGCGGUGAUUGAGUUGGAGCACGGCUCGAAAGCGAAGGUUCUGGGGCGGUAUUCGAGCAAUGGGAAUCCGGCAGCUACGUUGAAUAAGUUUGGGAAAGGGUGGGUCGGCGUGAUUGGACCUCAUCCUGAGGCGGAUCAGAGUUGGUGUAGGUUUGACUGGGAAAGACGAAUCGUCAAGUCUGAUACUGAUGAGAUGCCGCAGACGAUAGCUAUGGUAUCAGCAAUCCCGAUGGUAUCCAUUUCGACAUUGGAUACGACUUUCUCGGGACCGUGGUAAACGCUGGGCGCUGA